UGGAAACUGGAGCCAAGCUGUUUUUUCCCCCCAUCCUCACGUCACAAGCAGGAACUCUGCGACUUACUGACAUUACACAAACACACACUCUUUUUGUCUGCCUCUGCCCCUGUCCCACACUCGUCUGGCUGUUGACUGUGUACUGACCUCAUUUUGGACUACAGACUGAGGAAUAAGUAUUCCCACUCUUCUACUCGGCUGCUGUGAUUGCGUGUUCACAUUGCUGUGUGAGAGCCGCCUGACUGUACGGAGAAAUGCUUUCAUGGAGCGUGGUUCUCCCUGGCUGAAGACUUUGUGUGUGUCCAACAGCACCCUUCCACCUACAACCCACUGUGUUGCCAUUGCGCCCAUGAGGUAACGUCAGGAGCUACGGCCCCCUCAUUGCCACCCUCCGUCCAUCCAUUUCCCUCCCCUCUGUCCUUUCCUUCCUUGGACCCACCCAGCCAUGGGCCAGAAGAUCUCUGGCAGUAUCAAAUCAGUGGACGUACGCGGGGAGCCCUCAUAUCGGCCUGUACGCCGCGAACUGCGGGGCCCGGAUUUCUGUCGGCCCCCCAGGUUGGACUUACUGCUGGACAUGCCGUCGGCCAGCCCUGAGACUCAGCUUCGCCAUGCCUGGAAUCCUGACGACCGGUCACUCAAUGUCUUUGUCAAGGAGGAUGACAAGCUGACGUUCCAUCGACAUCCAGUGGCACAGAGCACAGACUGUAUCCGUGGGAAGGUGGGCUACACCAGGGGCCUCCAUGUUUGGAGGAUUCACUGGCCAGCCAGACAGAGAGGCACCCACGCCGUCGUAGGUGUGGCCACAGCUGAAGCGUCUUUACACUCAGUGGGCUACACAGCCCUGGUGGGCUCGGACCCCGAGUCCUGGGGCUGGGACCUGGGUCGGAACAGACUCUACCAUGAUGGAAAGAACCGUCCGGUUUCCACGUCUGCACCCACGUACCCCUGUUUCCUGGAGCCAGACGAGUCAUUUGUGCUCCCAGACUCUCUGACGGUAAUACUCGACAUGGACGAGGGAACGCUGAGCUUCAUGGUAGACGGACAGUAUCUGGGAGUAGCUUUUAGAGGGCUAAAAGGCAAGAGACUGUAUCCCAUCGUCAGUGCUGUGUGGGGGCACUGCGAAGUGUCUAUUCGCUACGUCAAUGGACUAGAUC